GGAGCAUUUAAACGUCGCGAAAUCCCAUAUAAUCUUGCAUCUGAUCUUGACAUACUUCAGUCGAUUCUUGGACACAUUAUACUCACCUUCACUGACCUCUACCGUCCAAAUUGAUACAUAUAUACCCACAUACGCUGCGCACAAUGUCUACGGCAGUAGCCCUACAGGACAUGAGCCGGGGUACGCACGACGGUAAUCUCGUUCGACAUCGUUCCAAUCUACACAAAGAUACCAGCCCACACAAAUCUUCUCCAGGGGAUGAUGAUGACUGGGUCGCCCAACCACAGGAUACCGCAACUGCCAACCUGCCUCUAGACUCCAGGACCUUCGUCCCCACAAAUGUGUACUGGAUCACACCUCAUAGGCUGCUCACAAAAGAAAUCAAAAUACUCGAUCUGACGAAAGACAUGAGUACUCCAUAUACCGGCUUUUCGAAUGCAUACAAAGACGAAGUCAAGAAGACUCUCAAAGACCACUCAUUCACGCCAAUCUACACUGCCCACCGCAACCACUGGCUGGGCUUGAGCUACGAUGUUCUCGACGACCAAGGCAACAAGUUGGCCGACUGGAGUCACCCUUGGACAUCAGUCCGCGAGGCUACUCUCAAAUUCCCGGAGGACUCUACACAUGCCUCACACACAAUAUCUCUGAACAACAAGACCUGGGGCUUGCGAACCGAAUCCUUCACCAUCAACUCAGUCCCUUUCAUCUGGCAGAUGGACCGCCUUUGGAAUUCGAACAACAUGACACUGUACAGAGUUUUCGGUUCGGGAGACAACCAGAGGAAGGUUGAAGUGGGAAAAUAUGCACAGAAAUGGUGGGGAAGCUUCGUUACUGGCGGAACUUUCGUGGUGAAUGAGGAGGAGAUUGAUGGCUUCGUGGCUUUUAAUCGGGACGUGAGAAGACACGGAAGACUAGUCCAUAGUAGGCAAAUGACAGAUCAUGUGGUCGAACAGAUUGAUCUUCUGUACUGGGAGGCUGGAGCCCCAUCGCUAGAAUCACAACCCGAUGGUACAGAGGAGAAUAUGGGGGAACGAAGCGUCCUUUACCAGACCGAUAACUUGACGCUCGACAAGCACAUUGCAAAACUUCCUGUAACAUGGGAUACUUCUACGGAGCCGCCAAGUCCAUCGCUCAAUACAGAUGACGAGGUUUCCCAAGAUGAUUACAUUACGUCAGUGGUUCGUCUUCAGGACCUUUCGGCAAAAAGACUACUUCUCCAGCAAAAGCUUGCCACUUACAAGACUCUUCUUUCACUACUGGAGCCCUACCGCAGACCACAAGAGAAUAUUCAGCCAAAUCUGGUCAGCCGAGACGCACCGAUAGCUACAGAAUUGACCAAAGCUCGCACCCUAGCAAUCAGAGUUGCCGGAAGAGUUAGUGAAAAGUACGGAGAUAUUCAAGUUCCGGCGAGUGCAGACCAUGGAGUGGACGAUGAGAUGCACGAACAGAACAGUCAGGUCAAACUAAACAAAAUCUUGGAGGGCUGGUGAACGGGUGUGCUGGAGUUAUGGGGUCAAGGAGUUUGCUAUAUCAUUCGCUCUACAAUACCCAACAUCUGGUAGCUGAAUUAUUGCUUCUAUUACCAAUGACGAAAGAGCAGAG